AUGAUCAAAUAUCCUUUGGAAGACAAAGAGGAAUUAGAAAAGUCAAUAAUUGCUGAAACAAAUGAUUUUCUCAACAUAUUAAAACGUGAUCUAAGACCUAAUACUCGAUUUUUUGCUACUAUCUCUUCAAAUAAUAGUGCUAAUGCAGCCAAAUCUGAUGAAAAGAAAAAUAAAAGGAAAUCAAAAUUAAUAAAUAAAGUUGAUGAUGGUGGUGAAUUGACAAAUAAAGGAAAAAGAAAAAAGCCAGACACAACAGUUGAAAAAAAUAAGAAUAGUUUAGGGACUAGUAGCAUAACACAGUUUUUAUUUUAUGCUAAAAAUCAUCGAAAAUGCAUAGGCUCAAGAACCAAAUCAGGUAGAGCAAAAAAUUCUGUGGCUUUAUUCUUUAAAGAUAUAGGAAAUGUAACAGAAUUUUAUCAGCAUUAUAAAAAAUAA